AUGGGUACACUGUCCUUUGAGACGUGGUGCACACUACAUUCACCGCAAUUGACCCAUUACGACGUCCCACGGCGUUUGUACCGUAAUGUUUACGACUGUGUGCACGGCAUUGAAGAAGGAACACAUUGGAUGGACAUCAGCGAUUCUGCGGCAAUCGCUCGGACGCAAUUGGGCACUUUUCGGAGACAAAGUGCCAGUCACUGGAAGCGACAGGUCAUGGCUACAGUACCGCUAUUACAGGCGUCGACAGUGCUGCAAGUGGCGCACAUGUGGGAGUUUCGGUCGGUUUUAGAGGCACAGGCGCAGUUGAGACAGGAGGAGGCGCUGCGUCACGAGAUGACGAGUCUCAUUGGCACUGUAAUUGAAGGAGAAGAACGAGAGCAGGAGGAACGAGAUGGAAAGAGCGAGCAAGAGGCCCACGUCGAGCGAGAGGUGGACGCGAUUGUGCGGAGGCUGCAUUUACUUGCCUUUUCGGUUCGAUUGGGAGCGAGCGCGAGCGAGAUGAUGUACUAUGUGCUGAAAGCUGUCGGGUCCAGUUUACGUGAAGAUACCAAGGAGAGUAACCUCAUGGUAGUGCCGAUCUUCUGCAUCGAGCAGCAGAAACUGUUCUCGAUUGCAUGGACAACAGAGGACGUUGUAUCGGGCAUGGAGCUGGUUCGGCCUUGUGCGAGCAAACUCUCGUUGAUGGGGUUGUGCAAGAAGAGCUACUGGGAGGCCCGCUUUGAGACCGAAGAAGAGUUCGAUUGGUAUUGUGAGUACGCGCACAUUCGUCAACUGCUUGCGUCGUAUCUGUCCAAGACGGCACGAGUCUUGAUCGUUGGAACGGGCACGAGUCGAUUACCAGCUGAAAUGGCUUUGGACGGCUAUACAGGUGUGGUGGCCAUGGAUUACGCUGCAAACGUGGUUGCGAAAAUGCAGACUCGGUCGAAGGAAAACGCAUGGGGCGUCCGGUUUGUCGAGGCAGAUCUGACCCGAAUGCAGGACUGGGACUCGCGUAGCGUGGAUUGCGUGAUCGACAAAGGCUGCCUUGAUGCGAUGCUUCUCAGGCCUGAGACGGAUGGAGGUGAAACAAGCUGGAAACAGGUAGCGCUGGACUCUCCUGAUGACCUUAGUGAUGCGAGAAGCAGUAUGCAGCAGCUGGCGCGCGUGUUAAAGCCUGAUGGACUGCUUGUCUUGCUAACGUUUGGCAAUCCAGGCAAUCGAGUCCACAUGUUCGACUGGGUGGCGUCCGAUGAAAACGAUUGCAUGGAGUGGGAGAUCCUGCAGUGUCUCGAGAUGACCCCAUCGACUAGUCAGCCCACUUUCGCCACUCGCUUUUUCCUGUUUGUUGCAAAGAAGAAGCACAAACAAACACGCGUGCAUUGA